UUAAAGUUUAUACUGAGUAACAUGAAUGAGAUUCCCUAGAAACCGAAAAUGAAAAUCUUUCUUAAUGGUGUGAUUUAGUGAUGAAAUCAUCUGUUCUAAAGAUCUGAUGGGUAUUUUCUGCAAAUGGGCAUAUGGGUUAAUUAUCUUUCAAGCAACUUUCUGAGAAAGUUGGGAAUCGCCCAAUUUUGUUGAAUUACAUGUUCUUGAGAAUGAUUCACUGUUUGUAAGAAAAGAAAUGUUGAUUUUUUUCCCUUCAGAUUUUGCUUGGAUAGAAGCUAAGCUUUCUUGUCAUGGCAUCCCAUUCCCAGUUGCAUUUUGUCAAUGAGGGGGCUCAUACAUCUUUUGAGUUCAUCCUAAACCCGAAAAACACAGAAAAAUGAACGUGGUUUUCCAGCCUUUGAUCGUCUCAACCAUCUUGUUUGAGGCCAUGAACGAGUUUUAGGAACCUAAUUAAGUGUCCAUGGAUGUGUACCAUAGUUUUCAGUGUUCAACUUUCCCUCAUUUUCUGAUAUUCCUCGGUGCCUGCUGGUCUGCAACCAGUUCCUGCACCCAAAUUCUGAUGAAACCAUUUGAUCAAUGCAACUGUAUGAUCUUCUUUCAGGUUGUUGUCUCGAGAUUCUUAGAAAUAUUAUGGCUAGUUUCCAUCUGUUUAGCUUCUCCUUCCCAUCUGCAUUUGAUGAAAACUAUGAUUUGGCCAGGAAAUCAGAAGAUCUUUAUCAUAUUCAUAACCACAUUAUGCUGCUGCUAAUUUUCCAUAUUACAUGAUUCCCUUAAUGUGUUUGUUAAUCUCCUAUGCAGAUUUUGCCAGUUCUCUGGCAGGAGAAAUCAUCUGGACUUGUUCCAUUGUUCAGCUGUUUACCAAGGAAAAUCCAACGUUUCCUUUGCUGCUGCAAUGAAGAAAAGUAUCGAAAACAAAUCACAAUCUGGGAAGUAGAUUCCCCCUUUAAGCUGCAAGGACCGGAAGGCUAUGCAAGCAUCUCAGCAGCAUAGAAGUUCAGGCAUGUCUAACAGGUUGUAUUACCUACCUCCGCAAGAGGCUGAGGCCCAUUGCUUGCCUCAGUUCCAGAGUUUUGACCACCAGCUGUGCUACAACGAUGGCAGCCAAGGAACCAACUUCUCCUUUCAGGGUUCCAGUGAGCGUUACUGUACUCUGGAGUCAUCGUCUGCCACUGGCAGUUAUGCCAUUUACAACUCCCCAUCUACUGUUAGUUUUUCCCCCAAUGGAAGUCCCAACUCCCAGCAAGAUUCUCAGUCGUAUCCGUCUGAUCCUCACCAUUCCCCCGACAACACCUACGGCUCUCCUAUGAGUGCAUCCUGUAUUACUGAUGAUGUGAGCGACCUGAAGCACAAGCUGAGAGAAUUGGAGACUGUAAUGCUGGGGCCUGAUUCUGAUAUCAUCAAUAGCUAUGACAGUACCUUCACCCCCAACAAGUCUUCACUGGAGAUGGAUAGCUGGAGAGAUACAAUGGAGAUGAUCUCUGGAGGGGACUUGAAACAGAUUCUUGUAGCCUGCGCAAAGUCGGUAUCAGAUAAUGAUCUGCUGAUGGCCCAAUGGCUGAUGGAUGAGUUGCGGCAGAUGGUGUCGGUCUCUGGUGAACCGAUCCAAAGGCUGGGAGCCUACAUGUUGGAAGGGCUUGUAGCACGGCUGGCCUCCUCCGGGAGUUCCAUCUACAAAGCUCUGAGAUGCAAAGAACCGGCCAGCGCUGACCUUCUCUCGUAUAUGCACAUUCUGUAUGAGGUCUGCCCCUACUUCAAGUUCGGAUACAUGUCUGCGAAUGGUGCCAUUGCAGAAGCCAUGAAGGAUGAAAACAGGGUUCAUAUUAUCGACUUCCAGAUUGGUCAGGGGAGCCAAUGGAUUACUCUAAUCCAGGCCUUUUCAGCUCGGCCUGGGGGGCCACCCCACAUCCGCAUAACAGGUAUCGAUGAUUCAACAUCUGCUUAUGCCCGUGGCGGGGGACUCAACAUUGUGGGACAAAGGCUAUCCAGGCUUGCUGAGUCAGUCAAAGUUCCAUUCGAGUUCCAUGCAGCAGACAUGUCCGGCUGUGAAGUCCAGCUGGAAAAUCUCGGGGUUCGACCAGGUGAAGCGUUGGCGGUGAAUUUUGCCUUCAUGCUGCAUCACAUGCCGGAUGAGAGUGUCAGCACCCAGAAUCACCGGGACAGGCUACUGAGGCUGGUCAAGAGCUUAUCUCCCAAGGUGGUCACCCUCGUCGAGCAAGAAUCAAACACAAAUACCGCUGCAUUCUUCCCCAGGUUCCUUGAGACAUUGAAUUAUUAUACAGCCAUGUUCGAAUCAAUUGACGUGACUCUUCCAAGGGAGCAUAAGAAGCGGAUAAGCGUCGAGCAACACUGCCUGGCAAGGGAUGUUGUUAACAUAAUCGCAUGCGAGGGGGUUGAGAGGGUGGAGCGCCAUGAACUUCUCGGAAAAUGGAGGUUGAGGUUUGCAAUGGCGGGGUUUACUCCAUACCCAUUAAGCUCCCUGGUGAACGCCACCAUUAAAAGACUUCUAGAAAACUACAGUGACAAGUAUAGGCUCGAGGAGAGGGAAGGAGCGCUCUAUCUUGGCUGGAUGGACAGAGAUUUGGUUGCGUCGUGUGCGUGGAAGUAGAAACCCUGGUAACGGUAUACUAGUCUUAGAAUCUGGGGAGGCAAGGAGAGGUAUAACUGGGAUUCUUUUUGUUUCUUCUCUGUUAGCGGCUUGUAGUUUAUAAAAAUGGGGGUCCUUCAGCUGUCCAUUCUGUACUCUUUCGUAAUCCAGAUCAACUGUUUUUCCUUCUUCUAAACCAUUUUCAACCAGUCUUGGGGAUUUCUUUAGUUGA